CGCCCCGCGCCCCAUAUCCGGGUUCCCGCCGCCGCCGCCUGCGCGGCCUCGCUCAUUCAGCCCUGUCGGGAGUGGUGUGAUUCCCGACCAAGAUGGCGGCCGUGGGGCGAGUCGGCUCGUUCGGUUCCUCCCCUCCGGGAUUAACCUCCAUGGCCGGCGACCUCGCGUCGGGCAAUGGCGGGGCCACAGCAGGCGACGACGAGGACGGGCAGAACCUUUGGUCCUGCAUCCUCAGCGAGGUCUCCACCCGCUCGCGCUCCAAGCUCCCCGCGGGGAAGAACGUGCUGCUGCUGGGUGAAGAUGGAGCUGGGAAAACAAGUUUAAUAAGAAAAAUUCAGGGAGUAGAGGAAUACAAGAAAGGAAGAGGGCUGGAAUAUUUGUACUUAAACGUGCACGAUGAAGACAGGGAUGAUCAAACAAGGUGUAAUGUGUGGAUCUUAGAUGGAGACCUUUAUCACAAAGGCCUCCUUAAAUUUUCACUGGAUGCCAUUUCUCUGAAAGACACUCUAGUUAUGCUGGUUGUUGAUAUGUCAAAGCCCUGGACUGCUUUGGAUUCUUUACAGAAAUGGGCAAGUGUUGUUAGAGAACACGUUGACAAAUUGAAAAUUCCUCCUGAAGAAAUGAAAGAAAUGGAACAAAAAUUGAUUAGAGACUUUCAAGAAUAUGUAGAGCCAGGAGAAGACUUCCCAGUUUCUCCUCAGAGAAGAAGCACCACGUCGCAGGAAGACAGAGAUGACAGUGUCGUGUUACCCCUGGGCGCGGACACGCUCACGCAGAACUUGGGCAUUCCAGUCCUAGUAGUUUGCACAAAGUGUGACGCCAUUAGUGUAUUGGAGAAAGAACAUGACUAUAGAGACGAACACUUUGAUUUUAUCCAGUCACAUAUCCGGAAGUUUUGUUUACAGUAUGGUGCGGCCCUUAUUUACACUUCAGUAAAAGAAAACAAAAAUAUAGACCUAGUAUAUAAAUACAUUGUUCAGAAAUUAUAUGGAUUUCCGUAUAAGAUCCCUGCUAUUGUUGUGGAAAAGGACGCCGUAUUUAUUCCAGCAGGGUGGGAUAAUGAUAAGAAGAUAGGAAUAUUACAUGAAAAUUUUCAAACAUUGAAAGCAGAAGAUAAUUUUGAAGACAUCAUAACAAAACCACCCGUCCGAAAGUUUGUUCAUGAAAAGGAGAUCAUGGCAGAAGAUGACCAGGUGUUUCUCAUGAAGCUGCAGUCACUCUUAGCAAAGCAGCCACCAACUGCAGCUGGAAGGCCUGUGGAUGCCUCACCCAGGGUCCCAGGAGGCUCACCUCGCACGCCAAACCGAUCCGUGUCGUCCAACGUCGCCAGCGUGUCUCCUGUCCCUGCGGGUGCAAAAAAAAUUGAUCCAAACAUGAAAGCUGGAGCUACCAGUGAAGGUGUCCUGGCAAAUUUCUUCAACAGUUUGUUGAGUAAAAAGACGGGUUCUCCAGGAGGGCCUGGCGUUGGCAGUGGCAGCCCUGGCAGUGGGGCUGGAAGUGGGAGCAGUGGUUUACCACCAUCUGCCAAGAAGUCAGGCCAGAAGGCUGUCUUGUCAGAUGUUCAUGCGGAACUAGACAGAAUGACACGAAAGCCAGUUCCCGUUUCCCCCACGACCCCUACAUCUCCUACAGAAGGAGAAGCUUCCUGAAGAUACCAAAUAAAGCCAUUUGUUCAGUUUUUUGGGGAUAAUGUAAA